GCUGCUGCUCAUGUGUCAUAAAUUUUGCAAACUAUAAUUAAUCAACUAUCUAUCAAAUUUUCAUUUAAACAUUUAAAUGUUUUAGUUUUAUUUUUAAAAAUUAUGACAGCUACUCAAUUUUUAUUUUUACAUGAAACUUAAAAUUUUGUAAAAAAUGGACGCAUAAUAAAUUAAUGGUAAUUAAUUUUAGUAAUAAAUCAGAAUAAAUAAUAAGAGGACUAUGAUAAAAAAAUGUAUCCAGCGAAUCACAAGACAAUUUUCGUGUUAGACCACACUCCCUACUUUGGAAUAUCAACAGAAAGUCCACUGGAGUUUGAAUGUUUGAAAAGUCGCGGACCGAAUCAUAUUCCUCUGGCACCGAUUUGCAAAUCGCUAUGGACUACAAGUGUAGAAUCGUCAAUGGAGUACUGCCGCAUCGUCUGGGAUUUAUUUCCCUCUGGCAAACUGGUGAGGUUUGUGGUGAGCGAUCAUGCGGCUCAUAUUCUAAACACCUGGAGUCCUACCCAGCAGAAUCUAUCUCACAUAAUGAACGGAAUGGCAAUCAUUGGAAUACCGCCGAGGAAUCAUCAGCCGGGUGUUGACUACUCGGUGAUCCACGGGCUGAGAGUCGCGAUCGAAGCUCUGACCGAGUGCUCAGAGGUCCAGCACUCGAUAAGAACUUCGUUGAAUGAAAAUGACAAUAAAUUAUUGAACCGCGGGCGCAUUGUUUGUAUCACCAGCGCGCGAGACGACAUAAAUAUGAAGAGCCUGGAAAAUAUUUUUUUAAAUCAGCUCGCCCAGCAAAACAAAGUCGCCAUGGGCUCCGAUCACUUGAUGCCGAUACAUCAUUGUCACCUGGUGAUUUUGAAUAUAUUUCCUAUCAAUAUCGAAUCUCAAGUCACCAAUCAAAGUCCCCGAGAGCUGUCGCCUUUACUGACAAUGGAAGUUCAUUCUAUGAAAGCAACGGCACUUCAUUCAAAAUUAUCCCACUUAAUUCUAUCACACUACGAUUUAUCGAGUACGACAGUGACGGGGAUACCAAUGAAGGAGGAACAAAAUGCCAGUUCAUCUGCUAAUUAUGACGUUGAAAUUUUCCAUUCAGUCAAUGCGCACUCCUCUAUUUUAAACGGCAACCCCCAAGACUCUGCGCUGCUGAAAACAUUCCGUAGGUUCGAGGAAGGAUCAGAGUACGAGACAGUGACGUUAAAAUGGUGCACACCCCGGGGGUGCAGUGCAUCGGAAAUGCAAAACUGUACGGCAAUGCACCGAAUAACUCCAGUGGACGUAAAUAGUCGUCCCUCUUCUUGCCUGAUAAAUUUUUUGCUUAACGGUAGAUCGGUGAUGCUGGAAAUGGUCCGCAAGAGCGGCGGCAAAACAAUAUCACACUUGUUAGCAUCACACGGUGGUGAGAUAUUUAUUCAUACGUUAUCGACUGCGCGCAGUGUCCUCGAAGACCCGCCGUCAAUCAGCGAGGGCUGCGGCGGCCGCGUCACCGACUACCGGAUCACUGACUUCGGUCUUUUGAUGCGUGCCAACAUAUUGGCGCCGCUAAAACGCGCUAGUAACAAUGAAGAAGACGAACUCGUUCCUAAAAUGAGAGCAAGACUCGAUCGGCACACGCGGUACUGGCCGAUGUCGAUAUCAAGUACGCUGAUGUUCAAUUUGAAACAGAUAAUUGAUCCACUUCCGGAGUUGAUGGUCAAAGAGGAAAUAACUAAAGAAGAACUGGUUAAAUGCAAGCAGUUGAUUUUCAGUUUACUGCAGUUGGAGUCCAAGCACGAGACUCUGGCGUUGCCGAACCUCGGGGGCGGACGUGGAGGCAAAAGUACGAUCCGUCGAGAAGAACAUUAUCGUCUGCUGUGGGAAGAACUUGAAACUUUUUUGAAAGCACAUGCCAAUAAUUCGCCAAUGCACUCUGAGGUACUCAAUUGUCUUCUUGAAGUCAGGAACAAGGAUGACAAAGACAAAGUUGAACUUGAUACGGCGAUUCGUAAAUUAGACGGAAUCGGGAAAGAGGAAACCACAGCACGGGCGAGUGUAAUCCGUGCGACAACCGACUCCCCGAUGUCACCGCCCGCGUGUACGGCGACUCCGAUAAAACAGGAGCGUAAGCCCAGCAUCUCCAAGAGUCUCCUGGACAUUUGGCUCCAACGAAGUGCUCCAAAAGAUCGCCGACCCGAGUUCCACGGUCGACUCAACAGCGACGGACCGCGAGCUAAAUUGUACCCUAAUUUAAAAGAAACUGGCCGGGAGCCUCGCGAAACUCUCGUCGAAACCUAGUUUUAAGUAUAUGUACUAAAAUAAUCCCCAGCUACUAAUCAUUUAUCUUGUAAAUACAUAAUAUUUUUUGACAAUUACCUUAAAUUUUUUAAAAUUUAAAUUACCUCUAGUAUAUUUUAAAUUAAUUAUCAUAAUUUAUUCAGAAAUAUGCGCGUGAUUAAAUUUGACGUAGAUAAAUAAAAUAAAAAAAUAAAAACCAGGAAAAAAUAAAUUAUUAAAAUAGAGGAAAAAAGUCUGCGUGAUUUUUUCCAUUAAAUAUUUUAUUUAAAUCGCGUGCGUCUAGUGGCUGUCUGCAUGACAGAACACAUAAAUACUAUAUUUGUAUAUUUAUUUAUAUAUAUAAAGAUGGAUACAUUGACCCCUAUCGAGUACACAGAACCCGCGGUGUUAUCUCCAGCUGAUGCAGAGCCAAUCGAUGCCAGAACUCCGACACCGCGGUCACAAUAACACACCAACUUAAGCCUAGCGAAAGUGCGGGAAGAAUAAGAAGAGUACCAGCACCUGGUUGAUGGAGACCGAGAGAAGGACAAGGGGACUUAGCAAGCUGAUGAAAAUUAUUGCGAUAGAGAGCGACGAGGAAACCCGCGGGGGAGAGACGACAAGGGUAUAAAGAGUAGAACAAGAGCCAGAGUCAGUCAGAGUCAGAGGAUGAGGAUGAGGUGGUUGGGAGAAGAGAAGGAGGAGUAGGAAGAGGAAGAGGAGGAAACGUGGGGACAUUGAGAGUGCAAGUGCGUGACGUAACGGUUCAUUCAUCCCGAGACAGACGAUAUCCCUGGUCAAUGGUUCGUAUUGUACACAUAUAUCUCUAUAUAUAUAUAUAUACUACACUUGGUACGCGCUACGUUCUGCUACUGCUGAUGUAGUACACACAUAUUUAUAUUUAUAUAUAUAUCUAUACAGGUUGGAUUAAUUUAUUGGUGGACGUGUUGUAUCAACACGAUCAGCACACGAUGUUGCAAGCCCAGGUUUACUUUAUUUGUUACCUUCCUCGUGGUAUAUUAUAUUAAUACCACGUUGUGAAUUAUUAAUACUACAGGAACCUGAACAAUAUUGAUGUCAUUGCACUUGUUAACUGUCAUGGCCAUAUCAAUUCAUUGACAUCAAUGAUAAAUAUCAUCAGCAUUAUUUUAUAAACUUCAGUAAAGUUGAGCAAUACUGUAGUAAUUUCAUUUAAUUGUGGAUUUAUAUUUUUAGAUUUGAUCCUGGUAAAUAUUUAUUUGUGAAUUGAUGUAACAUUUAAUUUAAGAAAGACGACGGUGAAAUUUAAACUUUUAUAGCGAUAAAGUUAUCAGCCAACUGAUAAUAAUAAUAAAAUCAUAUAUUGAUUUUACAGUAUUGCAGCUUUAUAUACGCGGAAAUAACGAUCCGCUGUACGGUUGGUUUACUUACUGCCCGUACCGAGUUUAUAAUUCAUCAGUCUUUUGUAUCUAGAUCUAAUAAUAAAACAAAAUUUUUUUAUACCCAG